UCGCCUGGGCGCGAUGGCGGCAGGGCUGCUGCCUCGCCUCGGGGUCCAGCACCCCAGCUCUGAUGGACCUGGUUCACAUGUGGCCCCCUACCACCCCGGAGCUGGUCGCCGCCGUGGCCGACGCCGGCGGCCUGGCGAUGUUCGGCGCGGGCACGACGCCGAGGGAGGCGCUGCUCGCCGCGCUGAGGCGCGCGAAGGCGCUCACGCGGGCGCCCGGCGCGGGCGCGAGGAGAUUGGCGUCAACCUGUUCGUUCCCUCCGGAUUCCACGUGGAGCCGUUGCGGUGGACGGCCCAGCAGGCCGCCGCCGUGCGGAGCGCGGCGGCCCGGCACGCGGCCGCCCUCGCCGAGCUGCCCGGGGGCGCGGGCGCGCCGGCCGCGGCGGCGGCCUCGCGGGGGGCCGCCGUGGCGGUCUUUGAGGGGCAGGUGGAUGCCCUGAUCGAGGAGGGCGUUGGCGUGGUGAGCUUCCACUUCCCGAAGAAGAAACAUCGGAAUCCGAUCGGAGCCCUGCACUGCAAUCGCGAGGCCUAA